GCUCCUCAGCUGCAGUCUGACCGAGGGAACCAAGCUCGCAGGUGGACAGAGAGACUACCUGGCGGCUGAGUUUUGCACUGUAGAUUCUACAGAGUCCGUGUCAGAAUUAAUAUGGACAAAAACUUCGGGUGCGGGUCCGGCAACUCGAGGACCACCCAUUACGAACGACGAGUCGUGCAAGGAGGCGGCCUUAAUGGAAGCGCUGGCGGAUACUCCUACAGCUAUUCAGAGUCCUCUGGAGGCGGGUUGGGAGGCGGAAUGUCAGGCGGAGUGAUGCGCUGUGCGUCAAGCGGAAUGUCGAGCGGUAUUUCAGGCGGAAUGUUGAGCGGUAUUGGAGGCGGAAUGACAGGCGGAAUGAUGAGCGGUAUGGGAGGCGGAAUGAUGAGCAGUUCGUCAAACAGAGUGGUGCACUCUUCGUCAAGCGGAAUGUCGAGCGGUAUGUCCAGCGGAAUGAUGAGCGGCAUGUCCGGCGGAAUGAUGGGAGGCGGAAUGUCAGGCGGAAUGGUGCGUUGUGCGUCAGGCGGAAUGUCGAGCGGCAUGUCCGGCGCAAUGAUGAGCACAAUGGGAGGCGGACUGUCGGCCUGCACAAUGGGAGGCGGAAUGAGCGGCUCGAGAUCCGUCCACCAAACCACGGUCGUGAAGAAAGCUGAAUACACUCUUGAGUCUGACUACAGCAACAAUGGGGGACUCUGCAAGUCUCCACUCUCACUGUUCCCACCCCACAUGUAAUACUUUUAAUAAUGCACAUGCAGCUGAAGGAAAUGGACGUGUUUCAGCUCUCUGCUUUCCUCAGCUUUCCUGACACAUUUGUGUGUGUAACUUCUCUUAAACAGCAACCAGUUGAUACAGAUCUUUAAACUUCAUCCUAAACCAGAUACUAGUAGCACAAUAACAAGCAAAACAAUGUCAUAAUUAUCAUUUUCUGUUCUGUUCGGGUUCUGAAAUAAAUGCAGGUAUUUACGGUUAAAUAACUGUCUUUGCAUAUGAUUAUUGUUUAUUCAAGUGUAAAAAUAUUGUACAUGCAUUUAUAUAAAGAUAAAGAUAUAUGU